AUGCGAUUUAAGGGUAAUAAGUUUACAUGGCGGAGAGGGCGUGUGGUUUCUAACUAUGUGGCUAAGCGGUUGGAUAAAGUACUGUGUUGUGCUCAGACACAUCUACGAUGGCACGAAGCAACUGUGACCCACUUACCAUUCUUGGCAUCGGAUCAUGCCCCAGUUUAUGUGCAGUUGAGUCCAGAGUUUCGGUGUGAUCCGCGGCGGAGACCGUUUAGGUUUGAGGUUGCGUGGUUGUCUCAUCCCGAGUUUAAAGAUAUGUUGACAUCGUCUUGUGAUAUGGCGAUCACAACACAAUUAGCUUUGCAGAGAUUGACAGUUACGCUUAAGAAGUUGAAUCAUGAAGUCUUUGGAGAUAUCCAAAGACGCAAAGAGCAUCUGUCGGUGUCGAUUAUAAGGGUUCAAGAUCAACCGGAUGUCCAUCCGUCAGAUAUCCUACUAAGUGAGGAAGAAGGGUUGAUCAAAGAGCUAGAGUUGGUCUUGGAACAGGAGGAGGUUCUAUGGUUUCAAAAAUCAAGGGAGAAGUGGAUUGCUUUGGGGGAGAGGAAUACAAAGUAUUUUCAUACCUCAACCAUUAUUCGAAGGCGUAAGAAUAUGAUCGAAAUGCUGAAAAUGAUGAGGGAGGCUGGGUCUCGGAUGUACAAGAAUUAG